AUGGACGAGGCGGUCGGCGACCUGAAGCAGGCGCUGCCCUGCGUGGGCGAGGCGCCCACCGUGCACGUGGAGGUGCACCAGCGCGCCGGCAGCACCGCGAAGAAGGAGGAUGUGCAGCGCAGCGUCCGUAAGCUGCUGAGCAGACACAACAUCGUGUUUGGCGAUUACUCUUGGACCGAGUUCGAUGACCCUUUUCUGACAAGAAAUGUCCAGUCUGUGUCCAUCGUGGAUACGGAACUGAAGGCAAAAGAUCCACAGCCCAUCGACCUCAGCGCCUGCACGGUGGCCGUGCACGUCUUCCACCUGAACGAGGAUGGGCCCAGCAGUGAAAACGUGGAGGAAGAGGCCGAGAGCAUCGUGGCGGCCAGCCACUGGGUCCUGCCGGCCGCCGAGUUCCAUGGGCUCUGGGACAGCCUGGUUUACGACGUGGAGGUCAAGUCUCACCUCCUUGACUACGUGACGACCACGCUGCUGUUCUCGGACAGGAACGUGGACAGCACCCUCAUCACCCUGAACCGCGUGGUGCUGCUGCAUGGGCCUCCGGGCACAGGGAAGACCUCGCUGUGCAAAGCGCUGGCGCAGAAGUUGACCAUCAGGCUCUCAGGCAGGUACCGCUACGGCCAGCUGGUGGAGAUCAACAGCCACAGCCUCUUUUCCAAGUGGUUCUCCGAGAGCGGCAAGCUGGUCACGAAGAUGUUCCAGAAGAUACAAGACCUGAUUGACGACAAGGACGCGCUGGUGUUCGUGUUGAUCGAUGAGGUGGAAAGCCUCACGGCUGCCCGUAAUGCCUGUCGGGCAGGCACCGAGCCCUCGGACGCCAUCCGCGUGGUCAACGCCGUCCUGACCCAGAUCGACCAGAUUAAACGGCACUCCAACGUGGUGAUCCUGACCACAUCCAACAUGACGGAGAAGAUCGACGUGGCCUUCGUGGACAGGGCGGACAUCAGGCAGUACAUCGGGCCGCCCUCUGCGGCUGCCAUCUUCAAGAUCUAUCUCUCCUGCCUGGAGGAGCUAAUGAAGCGGCAGAUCAUCUACCCCCGGCAGCAGCUGCUGACCCUGCGGGAGCUGGAGAUGAUCGGAUUUAUCGAGAACAACGUGUCCAAGCUGAGUCUUCUCCUGAGCGAGAUCUCCAGGCCCCCACGGUCACCAUCGAGGGCUUCCUGCAGGCUUUGUCGCUGGCGGUGGACAAGCAGUUUGAGGAGAGGAAGCAGCUUUCAUCUUGCCAGUGACCAGGCAGCACGUCCCCUACCCGCUAGGGCUGCCCCACCCGCCGGCCCCCGCCCCAGGGGGUGUGCACGUUACUCUCGACGGGCCUGGAGGUGGCUGUUCGGCUGCUCUGCCCUCGUGAAGUGCUGUGGGGUCUCCGUGCCACCUCCCGCGCGGGCGCGGCAGCCCUGCUGAGAAAGGGGCCGGCUGGCCUCCUGGUGGCGGUGCCCUGGGGCCCGCUGGGGAGGUGGUCCGCACCGUCCCCUGGCAGCCAGGCUGCCCGGGGCCCACGGCUCUGUCCCCCGGGAGGAAGCUCUCGGCGCCUGUGCCUGUUACAGGAUAUGUUCUCUUUUCUUACAGGUUUUUUAAGUAUUAAACUUUUUUCCAGAACUUUCUUUUAUUUCUUUAACGCUC